UUCCCAGUCCCUCUCCUGCCUCCCAAGAUGGCUGCGCUGCUGCCGGGCCCGCAGCCAUGGAACCGCGUGAGGCUCCCUAAGGCGGGGAGCCGCAGCACAGUGAUCGUACAGGACCCCGGCGCGGCGCUGGACCUUUGCAUUGCAGCUGUAAUUAAAGAAUGCUGUCUCGUUACAUUGUCACUGAAGAGCCAAAUCUUAGAUGCAGAAACAGAUGUAUUAUGUGCAGUCCUUUACAGCAAUCACAACAGAAUGGGCCGCCACAAGCCCCAUUUGGCCCUCAAACAGGUUGAACAAUGUUUAAAACGCUUGAAAAACAUGAAUUUGGAAGGUUCAAUUCAAGAUCUCUCUGAGUCAUUUUCUUCUAAUGAAAAUCAGCCUGUAAAUACCAAAGCAUGUGUCAUCCCUAGCCAACCAGUGGUGGAACUGGUGUUGAUGAAGAUUUUGGGAGCCUGCAAGUUGCUACUUCGCUUGUUGGACUGUUGCUGCAAGACAUUUCUCUUGACUGUGAAACAUCUAGGUUUGCAAGAAUUCAUUAUUUUAAACCUUGUGAUGGUUGGGCUGGUGAGCAGGUUAUGGGUUCUCUAUAAAGAUGUUUUAAAAAGGCUGGUUUCUUUAUAUGAGCCAUUGUUUGGAUUACUUCAAGAGGUCUCCAGGAUUCAACCAUUGCCUUACUUCAAAGGUUUUACCUUUCCUUCUGAUAUUGCUGAAUUUUUAGGAGAGCCCUACUUUGAAAUCUUUAAGAAAAAAAUGCCUACAGCUUUUGCAGCUAAAGGAGUAACUAAACUGCUAAAUAAACUAUUUUUAACAAAAGAGCAAUCACAGAGGUCCAGUGAAGAAACAUUACUUAGAAUUUCCAAAAAAGCUAAACAAAUGAAGAUCAAUAUUCAGAAUAAUGUGGAUCUUGGACAGCCAGUAAAGAAUAAGAAAAUCUUAAAAGAAAAGUCAUCAGAAUUUGACGUGAGGGCUUUCUGCAAACAGCUGAAACACAGAGCUAUUCAGAAAGCUAGUAAAUCUCGCCGGUCUGCUGACAAGAAAUAGACGACAGCAAAAUCCCAGCCCAAGUCCUCAGCACCCACAUCCGGCUGCCGUUCUCACCUCCGGGCGGCGGAGGUCCGGGGCGUGGUCGAGACGCACGGCGGAGCUGAGGUACUCGAUGCGGUUCCGCGAGGAAGCCGUGAAGACGCUCUCCGCCCUCGCGAUGUCAUCCAGGCUUGGGUUGAAGAUCUUCAGGUGAAGGUCGGGCCUCGAGCCCGGGACGAAAUGCCGCUCGAGUUCUUGCAGUGGGAACACGAGCUUCGUCAGCUGCUUGCUUGGCAGCCGUAGAACCUCCGUGAAGGCCUGGGACGUGCAGUAAGCUCGUCUUCCGCUCCCCAGCUCUGCCCCCAUCGCAAACAGCCAGCCCACGUCAAACCACAGCCAGCGUGCUGCCAUUUUCCUCUCCUAGGAGCCCCGCCUCGGGCCUUCGUUCCGAAGGUCUGAACUGCGCGUGCGUGACCCCGCUCCCGUUACGCCUGCUGGGAAUUGUAGUCUCCGCUGGCCUCGCUGGUUCCCGCUUAAGCUCUUCGCGUACAGAGAGUCGGGGGCAGGUGUUACUUCGCAGGGGGAAAAAAGUUCGCUGGGUGCCUUUCACACUCUAGCCGUGACACCUGUGCCUUUGACUUGUAUGUCGCUGUGGGGAGGCUGUUUAACGAUUUUCAGAGGUGAAGAGACAUAUCUGGCUGUGUGAGCCUUGAGGCUCAAAUGAAGAAGAAAACCUGUGCAGCUCUGGUGGGUUUCAGGCCAGUUUGCUCUUCACAGUUUCUGGUUGUCUCACGGACGUUAACGUUGUACAAAUCACUAGGAAAAACACUUUCUCAACAAUGAAAAGGGCUGGUGAGAAAUGUAGUUGAAAAAGCGCCUGUUCAUAUUUCAUUCAGCCUUCUCUACAGUUGCAGGAAAUGUCAUUAAAUUUUAGAGAUUUCUUACAGAAUAAAAUAAAAAAAACAGUUUGCACAAGUGUUCGAGUUGUUUCAUUGAAGUUAUGUAAUGACAUCUUAUUUCAAAAGUUUCUUUUCAGAGCAAUUCAAACCGAUCACUGCUGGAAUGGGAGAUACAGGUAUCAUGACAAAAUGAGUAUCUGUAAGAUAUUCCUGCUUAAAAGACGAUGGUCUUCUAAAACCUUAGCAGCAAACAGCAUACCAAUGUUAACGCACGGUCUUUUGAGCGAUUCCCCAGGUUGUUCAGUGACUGAUAAGGGCAAUUCUUGAAUUAAUGUUACAGAAAAGUUAAUGAACAGGACCAACGACUUGGAGAGUAGCCUGACCUACUGCCGGCCGGCUAAUUUUUUGUUGAUCUUUGCAUUGGGCUUUGAGGCUUUCCUCCUUCCCCUAGUCUCUCUCCUUCAAAGAAAACACUUCAUUGUAAACAUCCAGACAUUCUGGAUAUAUAUAUUACCAUGUAUGUAUUUUAACUCAAAAUACUGUUCUAAAGCCUUUAAAAUUUUUUAAACAAUAUAUUUGGAAGUCUUUUUAUAUCAAUACGUACCGACCUACAUGAUUUAAAAAAACAAACAAACCCUAAACUACCAUAAAAACACAAAGUCCUCAUUCACUCCAAGCACUAGUUAGAUAUGAGAGGGUGGCCUCUUCUCUUGUUAUCAUUGUUCCCAUGUGGUUUUCACAUUGUCAUAGUAACAUUUUCCUACAUGAUUGUUUUUAAUGGAGGCAUAUUAUUCCGUUUAUAUCUCCAGUGUCUUAUUGAUCACUAAUUAGGUUUUGUUAUUACAACAAUGCUACAGUGAGCACUCAUGAAUAGAUAUCUUUGCACACUUGUGGAAGUAGGAUAAAUUCCUAGAAGAGGACUUGAUAGGUGCAUAAGGUGUGUGCACUUUUUUUGUUUUUAAAGAAGAUGUUGGGGGUAGGAGUUUAUUAAUUAAUUAAUUUAUUUUUGCUGUGUUGUGUCUUCGUUUCUGUGCGAGGGUUUUCUCUAGUUGUGGCAAGCGGGGGCCACUCUUCAUCGCGGUGCACGGGCCUCUCACUAACGCAGCCUCUCUUGUUGCGGAGCACAGGCUCCAGACGCGCAGGCUCAGUAGUUGUGGCUCACAGGCCUAGUUGCUCCGCGGCAUGUGGGAUCCUCCCAGACCAGGGCUCGAACCCGUGUCCCCUGCAUUGGCAGGCAGAUUCUCAACCACUGCGCCACCAGGGAAGCCCAGGUGUGUGCACUUUUAUUUUUCAUAUUUCUGUAGAAAAAUCAUCUUCUAAAGAAAUUGCAACAAAUUACUCCCUAUAGCAUCAAAACAGGCAUUAUAAAAGGGUAUUAUAAUAUUAUAUAAUAUUGCCAUACAUAGAUGAAAAAAUAAAAAAAACUUUUUUGUUUUAGGUAAUAUUUUCCUGAUUAUUAAAGAAGAUAAACAUAUUUUGAGAUUUUAUUUGGUCAUUUAUAUUUAUUUUUGUAAUCAUGUUUUCUAUUAGGUUAUUCACUUAAAAAAUUGAUUUGUAAUAACUGUUUCGUUAUUGAGAAUGUUGAUCUCUUGUCUGUCAUGUUUUAAAAAUAUUUUUCCCAACUUGUUUACUUUUGACUUUCUAAUGGUACUUUUUUUUUUUUUUUUUUCUUUUUUUUUGCGGUACGCGGGCUCCGGACGCGCAGACUCAGCGGCCAUGGCUCACAGGCGCAGCCGCUCCGCGGCAUGUGGGAUCUUCCCGGACCGGGGCACGAACCCGUUUCCCCUGCAUCGGCAGACGGACUCUCAACCACUGCGCCACGAGGGAAGCCCUCAGCUUUACUCUUUUCCAAAUGGUUAGCCAUUUGUCUCAACGAUAUUUUUUAAACAGUCUAUCUUUUCUUCACUGAAUGUGUAUGUGGGUACAUUUGCAGACAACUCUGAACUUUGAAAGUGCUUUCAUAUGUGCUAUUUCAUUUCUAACUUUGGGGUCCCAGGUGUGGAGAUAAACCCGAGCAUGAAGGACUUUUGCCAGUUCUUACAAGGGUUUGAGAGGUGUUCAGGGAUUAAUAGACAUCACAGUACUCGUUUUGUAAUCCUGCAUGAGGCAUUCAUAGCUGUGAGGCCUGCUAGUCAGAGGGAAAAAGCUAGAAACUGGAGGAAUUAGUGUAGGGGAAAUAACUCUGUUAUGGAACUGCAAAGGAAAUCAUCGGGUACCCAGGGAAUUGUCAAAGUCCAGGAAAAUCAGGCCAAAUCAGUAUUGAAGGGAAUCCAGUCUGGUGGAUGAAUGUUGUAAUAGUAUUAUCUGUUUUCUGGCAAUAUUCUGCCUCUGACUGUAGGCAGCAUCUUUGUUCCAGGUGGUCUGUCUGCAUAAAGUAGUACCCUAGCUAACGGUUUUGGAUUAGGAGUCAGGAUCCUCCUGGAUAGGCAGGGUGUCAGGGAUACCAUUCAGAAUAGGAUUUAAGUCCUAGUGGGAAAAAGGAGUGUGAAUUAGGAAACCAAGCAGCUACUUAGUCAUGCAGAUUCCAUAGACAAAACAAGGAUGUGAGAUAGGGCUUGAAUUGAUCUAAGGGCAUCUUAGCACUCCUCCCAGAGAACUGUGGAAAACCCACACUUGGUUUAGUUCCACAGCACUGAGGUCAAGACAUACUCACUAAGCUGUGGUACCCCAGGGAGGCUGAUAAAUGAGGACUGUAUUCAUGGACUGUACUGUUCUGUACUCCUGCCUGUAUAAUACUGUAGUGUACAUUAUCUAAUACUGAGAGUGAUUAGGCACCCCUGGUCAAUUCCACCAUUUGUUCAUUCAUCAAAUAUCCGUGCUAGGCACUGUACUAAGAGCUGGAGGUGUAAGACAGUAAAUGAAACAAAAAAGUUUCUGUUCUCAUAUGUUAUGGUCUUGAGACAGUAAGUAAAAUAAGGGUAUAUUAGAUAAUGAAAAAUGCUUAGGAAAAAGCUAAAGCUGGGUAGGGAGGUUAGAUGUGUAUGUGUGUAGAGACGCAGGAAUGUUGCCAUUUUAGUGUGAUUUUCACUGAUAAGGUGACUUUUGAGCACAGAUGUUAAGGAAGUGAGGGAAUAACCAUGUGAUUAUCUGGGGGAAGUAUUCCAGGUGGAAGUGUGAAGGCUCAGAGACAGGAGUGUGUAUGGCUUGUUUGAAGAAUAGCAAGGAGGCCAAUGUGGCCAGGAUGGAGUAAAAAAAGGAUGGAUUCUGGCAGUGACUCUAGCCAGCUUUGGCUUCGAUAUAGACAUUUGAAGUGAAUGUAUGCAUAAGUUAUUUUUAGCUGGUUGGCAUCCCUUGUGUAGGGAGGAACCUCCUACAUCCACUCUAUGUGGUUCUAAUAGGCCUAUCAAUUAAAGAACUCCACUCUUCUGGUCACAGGAGGUGGGAUUUGGUUAUACAUUGUGUGUGUUAUGACAAUAACGAUUACUUGGGUAAUGUGCAGGUGAUCGCAACCAAGCCAGUCAUGAUGUUAAAGUUGGACAGGCAGCUGGCUCUACCAUUAAACCUUGUGUCAUGAUGUUGGAAUGUGAGGCCUACACUCAUGAUGGCUGAUGGCUAUUCUUCACUGCUACAUGAAGGAUACCUAUGGGGAUUUAAGAGGGAAUGAAGCUAACACAGAAAGAAAAACAGUAUUGACAGGUGGGGAUGGGAGGUGGCGUGACUCCUGAUGACCUAUGUUGAAUCAUGUUCUCUGUCCCUCUGCUGUCCAAUCACACAAGUCAGUAUGCUCCUCUCCUUGUUUACUGAAACUGAUUUGACUUGGAUUUGAUGGCAGCCAAGAGUCCUGUUUAAUAGAGCAUUUUAAGAUGAUGUGUGGUUCCUUGUGUAAAUUCAGAGCCCUCAGACUACCAUGCAGGAUAGCUGGAAUGUCCUAUGUAAAUUUCAACCCUAUUAUAGAGGAGUCACGGUAAAGCGUUAGGGCUUAGAUUGCCUGUGGCUGCAGGUUAAGCAGGGCCAAACUAUUACCCUCCCUUAAUGUAACAGCUGGACUUUAGGAGGCUUAAGAAUUUUCCUUCCACUCAGGAUAUUUCCUCAUCCAGUGGAUAUUCAUGAUCUUUGGUAAAGGUCAGUAAUCUGGUUAUGUUGUGAAAAUCAGCAGAGUUCAGGAUGUGUUUAUAGUCAUCCUUCUGAGAAAAAGUACCUUCUGUUUGACAGCUUAGGAGGUAGUUCACCACAAAGUUAACAAGAUUUUGCUAUUUAAUAUGAUUUGGGAGGGCAUUACAUACUUUAUAUACACUCCUUAGAACCAGCUUUCAUUGCUAAAACCUAUCUGACCUAAAUGCUAUAGUUAUACUGUCAUGUUUAUCUAAUAAGAAUGCAAGGAACAUAGGUAGAACAGGGGUGGGAUCUUACCAUUAGGACAGGAUCAUCUCAAUUAUUCCUUCAGUGAUGUCUGUCUCUAUAACGAAUUGCCAUAGAAUUCAGAGUGAUCUCAAUUUAUGUCCAAGUUCUGUAAGUGUUAAGUUUAGGGAAUCCAUCAAGACAUGAAGAAGGAAAACAUUGUAGGCAGAAUCGGUAACAUCAGAGAGUUAGCAAGCAUAGAAUACACAUAGAUUAACUCUCAUCCUAGGCUAGAAAUGGUUUGAAAGCUCUAACAGAAGCAAGGGCAGAGAUUCUAGGAAAACGUAGAGAGAGGUAAUGGAUUAGGUCUCAGUGUCCAAUUUACACAAGGCCUUUUCCUACCACACUUUCCCCCUUGUUUUAAACAACAGUAAUUAACGUUUAUUGAUUGCGUGCCAUGCCAGGAAUUGACCUGGGUGCCAGGAAUCAGAAAAACGUGGUUAUAAUCUAAUUUGGAUCUCAAAGUCUUGUAUUAGGAAGACACAUUGUAUGAAUGAGAGUAACAUGGAAGAGCUUUCCACGUGUAACUUAAAUUGCUUGAAUUGUAAUAACUACUGUCUGAGUGAAUACUAUAAACUAAAAAUGCAUUUAAUUAUACUUUUUAAAUUUUUCUGUGCAACAGCUGAUUAAAAAAUUAAAUUACAUAUCACCUAACAUGUUGACACAAAUUUACGGCACACAUAUGUAACAUGAUGUAUGAUUUGUCCACCUAAUUUCCUAAUUAGGUUAUAAAUUGUUAUUCUUGAAAUUUAUUAUUUGACCAUCAUUCAAGAAACAACAGAGACAUAAUUCUUACAAUUCUCUUCCUUGGGAGCUCAUCAAUCACUUAGUUUCAGUUUAUAUUUCAUUAAUGUAUCUUUAGAGAAUAUCUCUAACAGGUAUUUUUUUUUCCUUCAGAUAAGCUUUUUGAGCUUUCUUUUAAGGCUAUGCCUCCUGUACUAACAGAUUUCUAGAAAGAUCUGGAGAUUAAAUGUCAGACCUUGAUCACGUGUAGGAGGUGAGCUCUUAGAAUGAUUUGGGUUUGGAGGAGGAGGAGUGUAGAGCUUCACUUCCUUCAAGGUUGUUUUUCUCAAUAAAGAGAAAAACACUUGUUUCACGUAGUCAGUUGUUCUCACUUGUAACUGCGUAUUUGCUCUCUCUGCCAUACUAGUGCUAUUAAAAUAUUUUAGAACUCUC